AUUCAAAAUUCGUUCAUAGUCAUGCAUUUAACUUCUCGUCCCCUUAAAAAGUCCAAAUGUACUGUGUUUUGUUGCUUAAAAUUAAGAAGAAUGAAAAAGAAGGUGAAAUCCCGUAAGGCGAAAAACAUGGCAUCCAAAAAUAACAAUAAUCCCAAUGCGAAAUCAUCUGUAAUUGUGCCUCAAACUCAAAAUCCCUUAAUUAAAUUACCGAAAUUAAGUUCAACUGAAAGGGAACAAACCGAAAUCGAAAUCUACUCAAAUAUAUUGUUCACCGAAGACGAUUUCACCGACGUUAGCCCGGACUUUCUGAACGAUUUUUCAUUCGAAAUUCCCCGGGAAUUUUCCAGGGGCGUCAAAAGAUUAGCCGAUACUUUGGGGAUUCGACAAAACGCUUUGAGUAAACAUGAUAUAUAAUAUAAAAUAUAAUAUUGAA